CGGUUACCCCCACUCCUUGUAAUUGGUUAGUUCCCCCACUCUCUAUCUUUCUUUCUCUCUCUUUCUCGUACCACCAUUGGACGUAUAGUCGGUGUCGUGUCGUCAGCAGCGACUUGCGCGUGCGAGUGGCGAACUGCGCUUCGCAUCGCACUGCGCGCUAGCAGCGCGCACACGCGCGCGCUCAGUGAUCGCGAUUCGCGACAUCCCGCGGGACUGGGAGUCUGCAGUGUCACAGUUGCACCCGAUUUUUUUUCCCUUCCUCUCUCUCUCUCUCUCUGUCAUUUUUCUUUUUUUUAUACUUAUUCGAACAAUAUUUGUUUUUGUUUUCCCCUCAACGCCCCCUCCCCUCCCGCGCUCCCGCCUUUGUCCACCGUUUUUACCCCACUUCGCUCCCAGUCCGGUCCUACGCGUUUGUUUUAAUUCCCGCGUCGUGUAUUAUAUUUGCGUAUUUUAUUUUGUUACAUUGCAUUAUACCUCUUAAUAAUCUUCCUUUAGAUUAUUUUACGAUACCACUUUGUUGAUAGAUAUAUAUUAUUUAAAUUCACGAUUGGUGUACGAAAUAGUAUCGGCGCCAUGUUGAUUUGUGCGACAGAGAAGAUCAACAUACGAAAUUAUUAAUAAGAGAAGGAGAGAGAGUGAGAGAGAGAGAGAGGGGGGAACGAGAUGGUAGAGAGAAAGUAAUGAAGAUGAAGAGGAGAGAGAUGGGACGAUAGUUUUCGAAAGGAGGAAACGUUUCUUUACAGCAAGAAAGAGAAACAUAUAUAUAUAUAUAUACGUCGAGAGUAUAACCUUGUGUACGAAGAAAAAGAAAGUCUCUUUGAGAAAACGAGCUGUAAAGUGAAAAACAAAACAAAAAUAACAUAACCAGAAGAGAAGAGAGUUGUUACGUUCUUUUAUUUCUCUUUGAUUUUAUUUUCCCUCCAUCUUGGAUCUUGUUAGAAUGGAUGAAUCUGGUAUCGAUAUGGGAUUCGAUCUCGCUGCUCUUAACGAUAUCGAUACUAACGAUCAACACGGAUUUGGUGAUGACGACUUCGAACAAGCAUUAUCACUUCUAUCAACUACUACGAAAGAUUUUAUGUAUUACGAGUUGAAGAGUCGUGCUCCUGACACCGGCAGUCCACCAACAUUUAAAACCGCUACACCGACCUCGCGUACGCAAUUGAAAUUGCAGUUGAUGCGAGAACAGCUGCAAGAACAAGAAAGACGAGAAGCUGAGUUUCGACAAAGCUUGCAACAACAAAGACCAGCAGCUGCACAUCCCAGGCCUGUACCUCCUACGCCUUUGUCUACCAUUGGCGUCGAUGUACCACCACAAGUUUUACAAGUGAGAACGUUAUUGGAGAAUCCAACGAGGUAUCACGUGGUACAAAAGCAAAAAAAUCAAGUAAGACAAUACCUUCAAGAAUCGUUUCGCGGAGUGGAUUGUGGUACAGGAGUAAAUGCAGUUUUGGGUAGUGUUGGUAACGAUAGUAGUAUUGGUGGAACACCAAUUGAUGUUGGUGUGGUACCAGUAACAGCAGCAUCAGCACCGGUUCCACCAGCACCGGUUGUACCAAUGGUUGUACACAGUGCACCACCAGGACCAACGGUUCAUCAUCAAAAACCACAGCAUCCCCAUUUAGCUUCUUAUCCACGUGUACCAGGACUUUUGUCUCAUGGUAAUCCGAUAUCAGCUAGUCCAGAUCCAACAACUGGUGCUAUGUCUCCAGGACUUUCAAGUGUUCCUACAAGUAAUUCUGAGGCGGAAGAUCUCCUGGACGAUAUCCUGUCGUUCGAGGCUGGAUCCUUGGGCGAUGGAUUAAAGGAUAAUCAUGGGGGUAGUCUUUCAAAUUUACCGGAUCUUCAAAUUAAACCAGAACCACUUUUGUUAACCGAAGCGGAGAUCCAUGCAUUGGCAAAGGAUCGACAGAAAAAGGAUAAUCAUAAUAUGAUCGAACGACGAAGGCGUUUUAACAUCAACGACAGGAUCAAGGAGCUUGGCACCCUCCUACCAAAGACCAAUGACCCUUAUUACGAAAUAGUAAGGGACGUUAGGCCGAACAAGGGAACGAUAUUAAAAUCUUCCGUGGAAUAUAUUAAAUUAUUGAAAAACGAAUUGACGAGAAUGAAACAAAACGAAUUGAGGCAUAAACAAUUGGAACAUCAAAAUCGUCGUUUAUUGUUACGCGUUCAAGAAUUGGAAUUACAAGCCAAGGCACACGGAUUACCGGUUUCCGAUUUCAAUUGGGCAUCUACAUCUGGCAGCAUACUCAACAACACCUUUCCGAGGAGUAAGCUCGAGCAACGAAAGGUACACAUUCCAGAUCUCGUAACAGAAGAAACAACAGCACCACCACCAUUGAGUAUGUCACAAUUCGAGGAUCUCAUGGAGGACGACACGAGUUGUCCGGUUCAUGGUGGUGAUCCUAUGUUGUCUUCCCCACAUUUACCACCAUUGAGUCCACCAGCGGCAGUUGCUUGUCAUCAUGGUUUACCAGACGAGGAUACGUUAGGUAGUUUGACGGCAACCACUUCGAAUUCUUCCUCGGACAUGGACAUAGUCGCGUAGCCAAGAAGAAAUGUCAGCCCUUUAUCCUUUCGAUCUCAAGUUCGUCUUAGUUUCACCAUCCUGACAACCAUCACCACCACCAUCACCAACACCACCAACACCAUUACCACCUGCUAUUGGUGGUGGUAUUGGUGGUGGUGGUCGUCGUUUUCAUCGAUGAACGAACAUUCAAACCCUCCUCCCCCUCCAGCCCCUUCACCACAUGGUCCACCACUUUCAGCUUUUUUUCAUCCACCACCACAUCUUACUCUUACUACUACUACUUCACCAUUACUUCGUCCUAUUGGUGGUUAUCAUUCUGAUCUUCUUUGUCGAAGUCUUCUUCUUCUUCUUCUUCUUCUUAUCGGAUUCCAAUGUCGUUCCUGUGACGAUCAGAGGAAAAAUUUUCUACGGAGAUACGAGACCAGAAAAAGAAGUAAAAGAAAAAUAGGAAGAAGAAGAAGAAGAUGAUGACGAUGAUGAUGAUGAUGAUGAUGAUUAAUUUCGUCAUUGAUUCUCUCGAACGAUCAAAUUAUAAUACAAAGAAAGAAAGGAAGAAAACAAAAAAGAAAGAAAAAGGAAUUAGAAAAAUGAUUAAACGUUACGAGAUAAUUAAAGAGGGGUGUUGAUUUAACCGAACUACUAUAUUGAUUUUUUUUUUAUUUUUUAAUCUUCCCUCCACCCCCAAAACACUCCACCAACUUAAAAAGAAGAUGAGAUCGAUUAUUCGAUGAUAUAUAUUUAAUUGUUUGAUAUGAAAUUGAAAGAACACGAAACGUAAAACAAAAAUUAUUUGACUAUUGGACUUCCUCGCAGGAACGAGAAGAGGUCUUCCAUCACCACCACCAUCACCCCUCACCCCUAUCAACCACCCAAAUUAUUUUUGUGCAAUGAAAAAGAAAAAAGAUAUAUAUAUAUAUAUGUAAUAUAUAAAACAAUAAAAAAAUGUGUGUGCUCGUUAAAAGAAAGUUACCACUAGAUUGUUUUUACGAGUAUACAUACAUACAUACAUGCAUGAUAUAUAUAUGUCAUAUAUAUAUUUUUUUUAUCCUUUCUUGCUUUCAUUUCUCUUUUUUUUUCUUUUUUUUUAAUUAUUUUCUUUUCUCGAUAAUGGCGGCUGGCCGCUUUAUUUGCGUGCAACCAUAUCGUUUGUUCUUGUUCUUCUUAAAUAAUAUUAUUAAAAUAAUUAUUGUUGUUAUAUAUACUGUUGUUUUGUUGUGUUGUAUUGUGUCGUACUGUGUGAUGACGUCGUCGUUUAUAAUGACGAUAUCAAUGGAAAAAAAAAAAAA